AUGUCAUCCAACACCACUAAGGACUGUGCCUCUGACGACAAGCUGUGCAUUGCUCGAGAGCACGACCUGGCGGUGAUCGUCAUCCCAAGUAUUCUGCUCAUUCUCUUCGUCAUUUUCCUGCUAUGGUUUAUUCUCCUGAGAUUUUGCACCAAAUCAUCAAAAAGCAACGUUGUCCACAGCUACGGAAAACAUCAGAAAACCCCACACGGAAAAUACAGACACAGGAGCCAGCUGCAGGGCAUCGACGCCCCUGUAGGUAUAAACCCUCUGGAACACGAGCAGGUGCCCAUGACGGUGCAGCACUCUCCGCUAAACGCCAAACCCCCUGUGGCUGCAGUACCGCAGUCCGCCCUCGAGCAGCAGCACAGAGCCUUCAGUCAGAUCAGUGCGCUGCCUCAGACUCUGUUCCUCAGACCAGACACCUCUGUGUCUUUGUACAGAGCACAGAUGGAGCACAGGGACGUGGUGCUGCGAGUGCUCAAAGAUCCGUCGCCGGCAGCAGAGAAGCAGCGAUUCCUGGGUUUUGCUUCGUUCGUGUCUCGUCUUGGCCCUCACCCUUUCAUCCCUGCUCUGCUGGGGGUGAUCUCUGUGACGCCUCCUCCCAUGAUGGUGACGGAGGAGCUGCAGCACAGGGACCUGCUGGGCUUCCUCUGGAGAUGCAGACAGGAUAAUUCUGAGUGUGAUAUCACAGAGAAGAGGAUCUACACCAUGGGACAACAAGUGGCCUCUGCUCUGGAUUACCUCCACUCUCAGCAGUGCGUCCACGGGAACAUUGCGGCCCGCAGUGUACUGGUGGGCCGCGACCUGACGGUGAAACUCUGGGGUCUGGGCUCGGCCUUCCGCAGGGGCCAAAGGGGACCUGAGGCGGGACUGGGAGGAGCUCAGGGCAUGGAGCUCCGCAAGUGGCAGGCACCUGAGGUCUUGGCCCGAAACGGAGUCACAAAGAACAGUGAUGUAUGGUCUUUUGGCAUCCUGCUUUAUGAAAUGGUGACUUUAGGAGACGCUCCGUUCCCUGAGCUCCGAGACACAGAGCUGCUGCAGUUUCUUCAAAGAGGAAAGUUUAUGAAGAAACCAGCCUCCUGCCCCAACACAUUAUACACAUUGAUGAAGUCGUGUUGCCAGUGGAGUCCCCAGCAGCGAGUGUCAGUGCCGGAGCUCAGCCGGAGAUUAGAGGCUGGAGAGCGGACAGCCAACAGCAGCGCUGCGUUCAGAACUCCGGAGAGACUGGACCUGAACACGUACAUGCAGCAAGCGGGAUAUACGGAGGCCUAUGACUAUGCUGUCUUGUGA